UUUUUUUUUUCUUCUUUCUUUUCUUUACUCUUUGAGAUGGCAAAAGGCGAAGACAUUGAGCUGAAGGAGGACAAGAUCGCCUACGACCCUGACUUCAAGGGACCCAUCCACAACCGCAAGUGCACGGAUGUACCAUGCUGCCUGCUGUUCAUUGUGUUCUGGAUUGGCAUGAUCAUCAUUGCCGCCUUCGGCUUUGCUAACGGAGACCCGUUCCGCCUCAUCAACCCCGUCGACUCGAUGGGAAACAUUUGCGGCGAGCUCAACGACGGACUGUACGGCGACCAGCGCAACAACUCGUACCUCUUCUUCUUUGACAUUACCAAGUGCGACCCCGUCAACCUCAACUGCCUGCAAACCACGCAAGUGUGCGUCCCAGAGUGCCCGACGGCCAGCAAGUUUGUGGGCGUCAACAUGGACUACGACGAAGCCAUUUGCCGCUACACGUUUGCACCCAGCGACAACAACGAGCUCGAAGACUUUGUCUUGAACGGCACCUGCGCGCCCUACCAGCUCCAGAGCACCACCUUCCUGAAGCGAUGCAUUCCCGACUUUUCUGUGCUCACUCAAAACUUUUCGUACAUUUUGGACGGCAACACGGUCGAGGUUGCUGGUGUCAACCUGACGGCAUCGCUGAACGUUCUGCUCGACUUUUUCAACACUGCCGAGCUGUCUGGCCAGGUCUUGUCCGACUUGGAGGCUGCGUGGGUGUACAUUCUCGCUGGCUGCGCCAUUGCCGUCGCCAUGGCGUUUGUCUGGCUCUUCCUGCUGCGCUUUAUCGCUGGAUUCAUGGUCUGGAUGACGCUUUUGGGUGCGCUUGCUGGCUCUGCAGCUGCCACCGGCAUCUGCUUCCAGCAGUACAAGGAGCACAGGGACUUGAGCAACUCCCUCCCUUACAAUCUGCACUUUAACACGAUUGCCUAUCAAGAGUAUACCUUCCUCGUGCUCGGCAUCAUUUCCGCUGUUGUCUGCUUUGUGCUCUUUGUCUGUGUUGUCUUUUUGCGCAACCGCAUCAAGAUUGCCAUCGAGAUUAUCAAGGAAGCUGCGCGCGCCAUGGCCGCCAUGCCCUCCAUGAUCUUCCUUCCGAUCAUUACGAUGGGUGCCUUGGUUGCCUUCCUCAUCUGGUGGAUUUGGGUCGCUGCCUUCCUCGCGACCUCCGGCGAGGCGUCCUUCAACGACCCUUACGGCCUUGGCGUCAACAUUACCUGCACGCCUCCGGCCGACCAGUCCGAGCCCACCAACUGCACCUUCCUCGGCUACACGAGCGACAGUCUCCUCCGCAGCUUCCAGAUUUACCACCUUGUCGGUCUGUUCUGGACGACCAAUCUCCUCACUGCCCUCAGCCAGGUCACCAUUGCCGGUGCAGUGGCGACUUGGUACUGGACGCGUGACCACAAAAACCUGCCGUGGUUCCCCAUCAUUGGAUCCCUCAAGCGUGCGCUGAUCUAUCACCUGGGCUCGAUUGCUUUUGGCUCGCUCAUCCUUGCGCUUGUGCAAGUUGCGCGCGUCAUGCUCGAGUACAUUGACCGGCAGACAAGAACCUCUCAGAGCGAAUUUGUCAAGGUUAUUGUCAAAUGCUUCCGGUGCUGCCUCUGGUGUCUGGAAAAGUUUAUUCGCUUCUUGAACAAGAACGCGUACAUUGAAAUUGCCGUCUACGGCUACAGCUUCUGCCACGCCGCUGUGCGCGCCUUCGAGCUGCUCACACGCAACAUUUUGCGUCUUGCGUUCGUCGACAAGGUCGGCGACUUUGUCAUCUUCCUGGGCAAGAUGAUGGUUGCCUGCACCGCCUCCGUCCUCACAUGGUAUAUUCUCAAGAACCGAUCAGCAGAUCUCAACUACUUUAUGCUCCCUGUCAUUGUUGUUGCUGUCUUUGCCUACAUGAUUGCAAAGGGCAUCUUCAGUGUGUUUGACAUGACGAUCGACACCAUCUUCCUUUGCUUCUGCGAGGAUUGCGAGCGCAACGAUGGCACCGCCGAGAAGCCUUACUACAUGUCUGAAAAGUUGCAGCGCAUUGUGGGACACCAAAACGAGAAGCCAGCGCUUUAAAAUGUCGAUACUGAACGUUUGAGAGAAGUUUUGCUUCAAUUUUGAGUUUUGUUUGUUUGUUUUCACUUGCAUUGUUUGGUUGUUCCUUUCCCUUUGUUUUUCUGUUUUGCCGUUUCCAUUCUACACGAGCAUUAUGCAAAGUAGUCUUACAAAAUACACACGUUGAUGAUU